AGAUAAGGAAACAGGAACUAAACCUGUACUGUGACCUAUCAACGCGGAAUACGAAACAAGAGUUGCGAGGUUCAGGGGUUGUGUCAGCUGUGCUUUUUUCUUACAGAUAGGACUCUGAAUGGAACCAACUAAUCUGCAGAAAGCUAUUGCUGUUGCUCAGAAAGCUUCAGAAGAAGAUCAGGCUGGAAAUUAUGAGGAAGCCAUUCGAUCCUACCAGCAUGCAGUCAAGUAUUUUCUCCACAUUUUGAAACGUGAACCUCAAGGUAAAGAUGGAAAUCAGAAGAUUAGAGAUAAAUGUAAACUGUAUUUGGACAGAGUGGAGGAACUGCAAGACUACCUGGCAAAUAAAGAGAAAGCCAUUGAUCUGGCCGGCAAGGCUGCACAGGAGGACAAAAAUCAAAACUAUGAAGAGGCUCUUCGACUCUACCAAGCAGCUGUCCAGUAUUUCCUUCAUGUCGUGAAAUAUGAAGCCCAGGGAGACAAAGCUAAACAGAGCAUUCGGGCAAAGUGUGCCGAAUACCUGGACAGGGCAGAGAAGUUGAAGGAGUAUCUGAAGAAGAAGGAGAAAGCUCCUCCUGCCAAGCCUGUCAAAGAAUCUCAAUCUGACGACAAAGGGAAUGAAAGCGAUGAAGGAGAUGAUCCAGAGAAAAAGAAGUUUCAAAACCAGCUGUCAGGUGCAAUCGUCAUGGAGAAGCCAAACAUAAAAUGGAACGAUGUUGCUGGUUUAGAAGGAGCCAAAGAGGCUCUGAAAGAAGCAGUUAUUCUUCCAAUCAAAUUCCCCCACCUUUUCACAGGAAAGAGAACUCCAUGGAGGGGGAUCUUGCUCUUUGGGCCUCCAGGUACAGGAAAGUCCUACCUGGCUAAAGCUGUUGCAACAGAGGCGAACAACUCCACCUUUUUCUCGAUUUCAUCGUCUGAUCUCGUUUCCAAAUGGCUAGGAGAGAGUGAAAAGUUGGUGAAGAACCUUUUCAGCCUUGCAAGAGAACACAAGCCUUCCAUUAUCUUCAUAGAUGAAAUAGAUUCCCUGUGUGGUUCAAGAAGUGAGAACGAAAGCGAAGCUGCUCGUCGUAUUAAAACAGAGUUCCUGGUUCAGAUGCAGGGCGUGGGGAAUGACAAUGAGGGAGUGCUGGUUCUCGGGGCAACAAACAUCCCUUGGACUCUAGACUCUGCCAUCAGAAGACGAUUUGAGAAGAGGAUCUACAUCCCUCUGCCAGAAGAGCACGCCCGCUCCUUCAUGUUCAAGCUCCAUCUAGGCUCCACCCCCAACAGCCUCUCAGAGUCCGACUUCGCCACGCUGGGCAAGAAGACGAAUGGCUACUCGGGGGCAGAUAUCAGCAUCAUCGUCAGAGACGCUCUGAUGCAGCCUGUGCGGAAGGUCCAGUCAGCAACGCACUUCAAACGGGUGCGGGGGCCAUCAAGAGACGACCCCAACGUUGUUGUUGACGACCUACUGACCCCGUGUUCACCUGGGGAUCCAAAUGCUAUUGAGAUGACCUGGAUGGAGGUUCCUGGAGAGAAGUUAUUGGAACCAGUUGUGUGCAUGGCUGACAUGUUGAGGUCUCAGUCCAACACAAAGCCAACCGUCAACGAACAAGAUCUGGAGAAACUGAAAAAAUUCACAGAAGACUUUGGACAAGAGGGCUAGACCGAGUACCGAGGCCAAACCAAAGCAAAGACGUCGUUUUGUCUCUUUACUGUGCGUGUCCUCCUUUUCUCCGUCUCAUUUUAGCCACUCUCUAAGCCUCAUAGAUGAUCUAAAUAGGCAAAAUGUGUUUCCGGUUUUGGCUAUUUGAUAACCACACCAAGGGUGGGAGACAUGGUUUUAUUUAGUCCCUUAUGUCCAAAGAAAAUAACAAAAUUGCAUAUUUAUGUUUCGGCAUGAUAAGAGUUUGCACCAUAUUGGAAACCUUAGAGCUUUGUCUGCCUUGAGCACUAAAUAUUAUUUAUUUGAUUUAGAAACAAAAACAGAGAUUUAAUGACACAAAUAUAGCAAGAAAGUUAUUGUUCAAUUCUUUACAUCCCAGCAGGUCAAUAAACCAUCUUGUCUAUUUUUAAGAGUCAUUUUAUAGGAUAUAAAUGCCUAUACAUUAACCAAUGUGUGAGAAAUAACAGGAUUUCAGCAAAUUUGUCUCCAACUGGACAGAAUCUUCAUACUCAGGACGAGUGUUUGAACAGACUUUAAAAUCUUCAUCCACUUUCCAAACCAAUGAAAUGUUUACUUUUUCUCCAUUAAACACAGCCCUUAUAAUGGGGUCAUUGGUGGUCGCUGACCAGCGUUAUUUUCCCGCUUCACAGGGAUCUAAUUACUUAAAAUUGUAUUUUUGUUCUCCACGACCUACUCUACCUAUUUUCUCAUAUUUGAAGGCUUCGCUGUUUAUAUAAUUAAACGGCAAAACUGCCUCACAUUUAAACAAGUCAGUUUUGUUCAUGGUUUGACUCUGAUGGCUCGGGUUGCAAGACAUUUUUUUUAAACAACGGCAUACAUCUUUAAUAAUUUAAGUAGACAAAAAAGACCGUGUGCACCAUGUGCCUUCUAGAAAAGCUGCGUGGUUUUGGUUUAUUUUUUAAAUUAAUCAAAAUAUCAAGUGCUUUGUCACUACAACUAAGGAAUGUACUGUACUUGUACAUUUCGUGUUAACUCUUAGACUGUAUUUAGCUGUACCUCUGGUCUUUGGAUGUAUGAACUUGUCUCCUGCAAAUUUUUUAAGGGCAAUGUUUCAUUUUAUUGUAUAUGUCUACACAUGUAUGUAGCCAACUCUUGAGCCUUUUGCUUUGAGAAGAGGCAACUUAUGCAUUCUGAUUUCUGUUUUUCACUUCCUCUGUGUAAAUAAAAGUUAAAGCUAUGUCA